AUGUUUGAAUACGCCUUUGCUCUCAGAGGCGAGUUGAUGACGGAUGUUCUGGAGCUGUUUUCAGAAGAGAAGAACUUCGAGGUGAUGGAAAACAUCCUGAUGAAUCUGCAGAUGCUGAAGAGCGCAUUCUACGACACGCCUGAGAUGUUCAAUCGCUACAAGGAGAUGCAGAACACUCUGAUUGAAAAGAGAUUGGAAAUGGUGGAUUUGAAUAAUGCAGGAAAGAAGAAUGUGAAUGAUUUGGCAUUGGACUCGUUGAUUGUGACUGUUGGAGUAGCAAAUGAGAUCUAUUCAGUUGAUGAAAAGAACGUACACCAGGAAUUUGUGAAGAACUAUUUCGUAUCACAAGUUGAUAAGAGCUUUGAAGAAAUCAAGGAGUUUUAUGAGACUUCUGAUUUACCAGGGGUGAAGGAAUCAGCUUUGAUGGCACUUGGUAAAACAAAGAAGAUGGAGAACUUCAACAAGAUUGUUGAUGCCNAGCUGUUUUCAGAAGAGAAGAACUUCGAGGUGAUGGAAAACAUCCUGAUGAAUCUGCAGAUGCUGAAGAGCGCAUUCUACGACACACCUGAGAUGUUCAAUCGCUACAAGGAGAUGCAGAACACUCUGAUUGAAAAGAGGCUAGAAAUGGUGGAUUUGAAUAAUGCAGGAAAGAAGAACGUGAAUGAUUUGGCAUUGGACUCGUUGAUUGUGACUGUUGGAGUAGCAAAUGAGAUCUAUUCAGUUGAUGAAAAGAACGUACACCAGGAAUUUGUGAAGAACUAUUUCGUAUCACAAGUUGAUAAGAGCUUUGAAGAAAUCAAGGAGUUUUAUGAGACUUCUGAUUUACCAGGGGUGAAGGAAUCAGCUUUGAUGGCACUUGGUAAAACAAAGAAGAUGGAGAACUUCAACAAGAUUGUUGAUGCCAGAAGCAACGAAAUCUCAUUUGGUUUCGUAAGGAAGCACGACAUCCACUACUUUGCACAUGCAUUUGGAUCUAACACGGUUCUCAGGGAUGCAUUUGCUGAAUAUGUGAUGGGACACUUUGAGGCAUUUGAGAAGCACAUUGAUGACGCAGGGAUGUUCAGGUAUGUUAUUACUGCUACAUUCUCAAACAUAUUCAGUAAUGAAAUGAUGCCNUCUGAUUUACCAGGGGUGAAGGAAUCAGCUUUGAUGGCACUUGGUAAAACAAAGAAGAUGGAGAACUUCAACAAGAUUGUUGAUGCCAGAAGCAACGAAAUCUCAUUUGGUUUCGUAAGGAAGCACGACAUCCACUACUUUGCACAUGCAUUUGGAUCUAACACGGUUCUCAGGGAUGCAUUUGCUGAAUAUGUGAUGGGACACUUUGAGGCAUUUGAGAAGCACAUUGAUGACGCAGGGAUGUUCAGGUAUGUUAUUACUGCUACAUUCUCAAACAUAUUCAGUAAUGAAAUGAUGCCAAAGGUGAUGAAGUUCAUGGAUGAGAUGGAGAAGCACUAUGUUUAUGGAAAGAGGUACGAAAGAGCAAUUAAGAAAGUGAGGGACAAUUUGGUGGCAAUAAAAAUGCUUAGGGAAAAGAUAAUGGGUGGAAGAGGUCCAACAAGGGCCGCUUAG